AUGCGAGAAAACAAAAGAGGUGCACAACCUCGAUGCGCUCCAGUUAACUCGUAGUCGCUGCUGUUCGGUCUGAGGGUCGGAUGAAGCUCUGCAUUGGUGAGCGCCAUUAAUGUACAGCGAAAUCAUAAGACGUCGAGCAAGAAGUUUAUUGGCUAUUUUGUUGACACUCGUUUUCAGUAUCAUCUCAUUUUAAUGCUGGGGGAGCAAUGGAUGUCGAUGAGAUCGAGUGUAGUUUCGUAUACAAUGGUAUUUCCUUUGUAAGGUUUGAGCAAACGGACCUUUACGGCGUCGCUAGGUCCAAGACGAUUCCUGCCCAACACUUCAAGCGGAAAGCUGUGAAUGGACUCAACUUCUCCCUUGGUCACCUCGGCUAUGAUCCUAAAGCUGGAUGUGUAGAGGACAGUGCCUAUACUGCACCGGCAGGGCAUCAAUAUGAUGCUGUCUGUUUCCCAGACCUUGAAACCUACCGAAAGAUAUCAUGGAGCGAGGGGACCGCACGGAUUUUGAUCGAGCCAAUGUACAAGGGAAAGUUGGUUGAAGCCCAUCCGAGGGUGGUGGCAAGGAGACAACUGGAGAACCUGAAGGAGAUGGGAUUUUCGCUUCUCUCUGCUCACGAGCACGAGUUCUAUUUGGUGGAGAAGGAAUCUCGGAAACCCAUUGAUGACGUCGUCAACUCCCGGUCUACGAUUCGGCUGGCUGCUUGUGAAGGUAUAGUGUACACCUUUUUGGAUGGAUUGAUGGGUGCUGAGGUUGAUAUGGAAUGUGCAGAAACCGAGUAUGGCCCUGGGCAAAUUGCGAUGUCCUACAAGCCAGCAUUUGGGAUCCGAGCAGCGGACAACGCUCAUACUUUCAAGACAGGAAUUAAGGAGAUGGCUCUCAAGAAUGGCUACAUGGCAACAUUCAUGUCCAAGCCAUUCCCCAACCGGAGCGGAUCAGCUUGUCAUUUCUGUCAUUCCCUGUGGGACAUCCCAGGUGAGACACCUCUACUCUACGAUGCCGACCGUUCUACAGGGCUUACACCCGUUGGUGAACAUUGGAUUGCUGGUCUCCUCGAGCACACUCCUGCAAUCUCUUUGCUUAUGGCACCAACUAUCAACUGCCUGAAGCGAUAUCUUCCAAACUCCUUUGCACCAUCCAAUGCAACGUGGGGCAUAGACAAUCGCACGUGCGCUAUACGAGUAAAACUGAAUGGUAAAGAAGGUACCUAUAUCGAGAAUCGAUUAGGGGCCAGUGGUUGCAAUCCUUAUAUCACCUUAGCUGCUACCGUUGCUGCAGGAAUGGAUGGUAUCAACAGGAAGCUUCCAUUACCACCCUGUGUGAAGGAAACCGGAAACGCCUACAAACUUGAGGACAUCCCACCUGGUACUGCGAACGUUCCAACCGAUAUGGAAGAAGCAAUGAGAACCCUCCAAGCAGACGAUGUCAUUACUUCGGCUCUUGGGAAAGAGUUCAUAGAAUGCUUCCUUGCUGCAAAGAGACAUGAAAUUCUUCUUCAAGAAAAGAAUGAAGAAAAUUGGGAACAAGAUCUCUUCUUUGAAUACAUGUAGAGCUAAGAUGAGACCAUAAAAAAUGUAGGCACAAUAUAAUAUUAAUAAUUAUCAUUCCUUAAUUGGGAUCUGAUAAAUGGUGAUUAGGUCUAUUAGUGUAGACUCUCUGGGCGAUAAAUGUAUAUAGAAUGUUGUUUUAUCUUUAAAAAAAUAUAUCGAUGUGCAUGUAAUUGACAUUUAUAAGCCAGGGACCUUAACCUUGCUAUCUAUACUCAGAAUUCAUCUUAUGAAAAUACUUGUUUCCCACCUAUAUGCAUCGUAAUUUCUACUACAGGGUCAUUUCCAUUUGAUAAUUAGUAUGUACUAUUAAAUUGUUUUAGACCCUAUUUACCUCGUACCCCCCUCCUCUCUCUCUCUCUUUUGUUAUGUGUGCCUUUCUGAUCUCUUUUACCCUCCACUCUCUCUCUCUCAGCCUCUCUUCUGUAAACUCCAGUCACAUAUUUUUCCGAUCUUCCCCUUUUUAUUUACAGUCUUUCUAUUCUCUUUCUCCCUUCAUGUUUCUAUGUAACUUCAGUAAGAAAGAAAAUGACCUUAGCACAAAUUUUGUAUAGAUUCCAAUGCCCUUUAUUAUUAAUUGAGGAUCAACUCCUAGAUAUAGUUGUUUAUUAAUAUUUUCAAAAUGAUAUAGGUCAGCGAUAUACAGUAUAGUAUCCAAUUCUUACUCGUUUUUUAUACCCAUAAGAAAAUGGGUUUUCGAAAGUGUGUGCAUAUUAUCUUCAUGGUAAAUUAUUAAGAAGAGGUGGUAGGUUAUGAGCACUGAUUCAAUACAGAACACAGACAAGGUAACCAGUUACACUUUCGUCUUUUGUCUUGUCAAUUUGAUAAGUGUUUAAGAAUUGGAUCUUGAUAUAGAUCUAAGGCCUAUAUAAGGGUACCGGUAAUUUGAAGGUGCUGAUUCAUUCGUGGCAACGUAUGGAAGCUUAAAUAAUCGUCUCGUCAUGUCUACAUCUCUUUGGGAAAAGGAUAAGAUGACGAGAUCUCGGAACUCGAUAUGUCUACAUCCCUUGGGAGAGAUGAUCAGAUGGCAAGAUCUUAGAUCUCGUCAUGACUACAUCUUUUAGAAGAGAUGAUCAAAUGGCAAGAUCUUGGAUCUCGUCAUGUCUACAUCUUGUAGAAUAGAUAACCAGAUGGCAAUAAUUAUAUUGGAUCCAAGAUCUUGCAAUCUGAUCAUCUCUCCUACAAGAUGUAGACAUGACGAGAUCUAAGAUCUUAUCGUCUGAUCAUCUCUCCCACGGGAUGUAAACAUGACGAAAUCAAUGAUCUUGUCAUCUGAUCAUCCCUCACACGGGAUGAAUAUAUACAUGACAAGAUCUAAGAUCUUAUCAUCUUGACAUCUUAUCAUCUUCCCCUAAGAAAUGUAUACACGACGAGAUGAUAAUCUGAACAUCUGGGGCCUGUUGCAUAAAACUUUUGCCAUAAAAAACUCUGCCAAUUUUUUGCCAGAGUAUUUUAAUGUGUAUUUUUCAAGGCAUUAUUUUGUUUGCUAAAGUUUUUAUUUG